AAAGAUGAAAAAAACAACAACGUAAAUUGCAACAAAAGAAAGAAAAAAGUGAAAACAUUUUUGCUAAAUUCUUUACAGGAAAAAUGCAGUUAAAAGCUUAAACCGGAAAAUAAACAAAUUUAUUUUUGUACAACAUGGAUAAAACCAAUAUUGUGAAUACAUUUACCGAAGUUGUGGAUCAAUUGCGGAAUACAGAAUGCAGCCAAAAAGAAAAAAUUGCUUGCUUCCAACGUAUAUCGGAAUGUAUCAUAUCGCCGGUGAUGGCGGCACACCUCAAUUAUGCCACGUUCUGCAGCAAAGCGGUAAAUAUUCUUUUGCUAUUUUGCGAGGACUUGGAUUCGGUGGUACGCAUUAGUGCCGAGGAGAAUCUAAAUAAGAUAUUUCGUGUUUUGGAGAAGACCAAAGUCAGUCGUAUUUUGAUGGAUUUGUAUGGCGAGAUAAAGAGGAAUGGCAAUCAAAGGUCCCUUCGCAUUUGCUUGCGAAUUUUCGGUUACUAUGCGCCACAAAUUCGUGAACAUAAUGUACUGUGGUACGCUCAAAAUUUGUUGCCAUGUAUGAAAGUCAUCAGCAAACGUAAAGAAACUUUGCUGCAAGAAACUUUAAGUGAGUUUGUAUUGAAAUUUGGCAAACACAUACAACAAGGACUAACAGAUAGUGAAACAUGUAAAUUAUUUGAGGUUUUCAUUGAAAAUAUUGGCUCAGAUUGUGCUGUUAAAAGAAGAUGCACCGCACAGAAUUGCAUAAAUUUAAUCGAACAUGCUUGCAAUAAAUCCCUAAUGGCCAAAUAUGCUCUUAAUAAAGUUAUAGACAUACUGCUCUGCGAUCAUGAGACCAAUACGAUAAUUGGUAUUUUAGGAUUUUUGCGCCAACUGGUCGUCAUUAUAAUCAAAGGCUACUCUUGGGAUGCCAAUGAUAAUGAAGAUACAUUUUCCGCUCACAAAUCAUCAAAUUUAACCAACUCCGAAGAAGCUCGUCAAAUGCUAGAAAUCUAUGAUUAUUGCUUGUAUUUGGUUAGAUCCACUCCUUUGACCCAACAUUCCAUUAUUAAUGCCGCUUUAGAAGUUAUUAACUCCAUGUUACAGUGCUUGGAGGGCUUAACCAGUAGAGACAAGAAAAAUAAUCCCCAUUUAGCUCCUUUGUUGUUAAAACUCAUGAACGAUAAAAGUUUGAAACAUGUAAAUUAUUUAAGACAUAGGGGAACCAUAAAACAACAAAUAUUUAAUUUACAAUGUUUUGAAGAUGAGUAUACAAAGGCGACUGAUAAAACAGAAACACCACAAGAUACAGCGACAUCACAAACAUCUAGUGAUAUUAUAUUACAACCACAAAAUACAACAUCAAACACCACAACAGCAACAUCAUCAGCUGCAGCAGCAGCAGCAAUAUUGUCUUCGCAUCAACAACUAAAAAGACAUACAGCGCGCAGUAUUAGUGAAUGUGUUGAUAUUGAUUAUGUAGAUGAGCAACAAGAUGACAAUGCCGAUGACGGCGUCGACGAUGAUGAUGACGAUGAUGUGGAGGAUGAUUUUACAACAUUGUCUGAAAUGAAUGAGUCCCAACACACACAUGCAUCCUCGUCACUGUUAACAUCAGCAAACAUUGAAUUUACCACAAAAACAAACCCUUCGUCGGCUUUAAUCAAUGAAACUAUUUCCGAUCAUGGUGUGGUAAAGGCAAUUGAAAAGCGGCCAGACCGUAGGGGCACAAUAGAUGAUGCACAAAAUUUGCUUGUGCAUUUUUCUUCGUCCUCCGAUGAUGAAAAAUCAAAUCAAUUGUACAAUACCGACGACAAUGAAUCUAUCAAUAGCAUUGAAUCGAAAGCAGAAAUCUCAAGAGGUUUGGUUGUUGAAGGCAGUAUGGCCAAAAUACACACAACCACUGAAGAUGUUAUACGACAACGCAGUGGUGAUGUGGAUGGCAGUGCCAAUACUAAUAGCAACACCAAUAAUACAAAAUCAAAUAAUGAUGCCUUUACCUCGUUCUUUAAUAACUUUAAUGCAGCUUCUGAAUCAGUUACAAAACUCUUUCGUCCCUCCUCAUCAUCAGCUGGAAAAAAUGUGUUGCCUGCAGCCAAUACAGGCUCUUCUACAACUAUGGAUUCUGUUUCAUUGGUUUCGAAUGCCAGUCCACUUAAAAGUACUGCGGACGCUGAAAUUAUUGAAGUCAUUGAUGAAUCAUCACCUGAUACCAGCAAAACUUUCCCAACACCAUCAACAGCCAUUAUGGGUGAAAUACGUUCACUAGAUUCUGUUGAUUCUUCGGUAUCGACAAAAGAUACAAAACAAAAAGUAGCUGUAGAGAAAAAUGAUACUCCUAAGAGGAUUGUCAAAAACCCAUUUCUCACAUCCUCACCUCCACACCCACAACAAGGCGAUCAAUCUCAACUCAAUGUGGAUAUUGGAUCCCUGUAUGAACAAUCUUUAAUAUACUAUACAGCACGUUUGAUAACGGCUAGAUUUUUAUUGACCGAUUCUUCAAGUGGUCUUUACGAUGACACCACUAUUAGAGUUUCCAUAAAAAGUGUAUGUCUCAAUGUCAUUGCACAGUGUGUGCGUGUGUGUCCAGAAAUUUUAGCAAUUACAGUGAAAUUUAUGGAAUUUGAAAAACCUAAAGAUAAAGUAGCUGAAAACCUCACAACAGAUAUAAGUGAGUCCAACAGUCCCUUGCAAAUAGCAAGUGAUAGCAGCUCUAAUAUAGGACAAGACUAUGAGCAUUUAGAAGUGGUUUCUACCUUCAAUACCGAAGUACCAAGAAAGUCCUCAUUUUCACAACUAGAUGUAUUUCGAAUGGAUAAUGAUAACGAGGCGCCAUUAUUGGAAAUAAUAGAUGAUUAUUUUGGUAAAAGUACUACGGAUUUUAAUUUUAUCCAACCUACCACCAAAAUGACCCAAAGUGCCGAUCCUGUUUUGUUUACUAAAACCGAAGAACGUUUAAAGAAAUCGCCUCUAUUAAAAACUAAAAAGGAUUUAACCUCAUCGGAAAUUAUUUCCUCUGAUACAAAACUCAGAGAUUUUGUGGAAAUUACAAAAGCUGAAGAGGACAUGCCGCCGUUAGAUAUGGCUCCACCAAAGCCUCCAAAGCGUACCAAAACCAUUAGAAAAUCUAAGAGAGAAGCUGAUCAAACACUAUAUAAUUUAAACAGAAAUAAUUCAAAUGCCAAACAAUUUCUAUAUGAAAUUUUGUUUUAUUACAAUCAUGAAGAUCCCAUUUUACGUGCUGGAGUACAAACUAUAAUUGGUCACUACUGUCGCUCUACACAAGCUGGCCUGUGUAUGGAUUCGAACAUAAAUUUACAAUAUUUAUUGGCAAUAUUGUGUAUGGGUCUACAAGAUGAAAUUCAUACUGUUGUCAUACAAGCCUUAAACACAUUUGAUAAAAUAUUUCCAUAUGUGAUUUUUAAGUACAUGUCAGCAUCAUCAUCAUCAUCUUCAUGUCAUAAUGGUCAAGAAAAAAUGGAAGAAACAGGCAAAGGCAGCCAUAAUAAACAACAGCAAAACUACUCGAAAGAUGAGAAAUCAUGUAGAAAUGCCACUACAGUAACACAGACAAAAAUAACGGGAGCAGAUGCUGCAUCUGCUGCUGCUGAUGAUGUCAGUAGAAGUACAAACUUUAAGUGUAUUUCAGGGCACUUUAACGAUAAUGAUGAGAUUAUAGUUGCGCUUUUGAAUGCUUUUCAAUUGCAAACAAAAUUUAACAACCACAACAACAACAACAGCAGCAACAAUUCAGACCCCAAUAAUAUUAAUAUGGCCAGUGGUGGUGGUUUUGUUUGUGGUCAUAAAGUUGAUGAUGGUGGUAACACAUUUAUCUCAUGCCAAUUUCCUUUAUCUUCAGCCGCACAUCAACAUAGACUUAAUACACAUGCAAGUUAUUGUUGUGCUUUUACAGGCGCUCCUUAUUGUGGUGGCAACAACCACAGCUUACUUUUCAUAUCACCAAAAUUGCUAUUGAAUAAACUUCGUCUAUGUCACUACAAUAAAUAUUGGUUGGUCCAAAAUAAAUAUGCCGAAGUUAUUUCAAAUUUAAAUUAUGCUUCACUACGUUCUUAUUACGGAAAUAACUAUACCAACAACAUGAACACUAAAAAGCACAAUAGCUGUAGCAUUAGUAAAUGCAAUUGCUGUUGCUCAUCUUCAGCUUCAGAUUCAACUUCUUCUGCAUGUACCAGCUGUCAUUCAUGUUGCUGCUGCUUCUGCUGUUGUGGUGGUAACUCCUUAAAUGGGCUUGUCGACGAUGUUGAUAAUGCUGAUUUUGUCUGCUACUUGGAGAAUUCAUUUAUCGAUGAACUUUUGCAAUUGAUUGGCGAAGAUGAUGUACGUGUUAGAGAACAUGCCUCAAAAUGUUUAUGUAAUUUUAUUUUACAAAAUGCCAAACAUAACAGCCUGCAACAGCCACAACAAAAGAACAUAUCUUUUGACUAUAACAAUGACAAAGAUGCUCUACAUAAAACUUAUAUACAAAAUCUAAAGUUAUUGAUCAACUUCUUAGACUAUAGUAUCUUUAAUGACAUGUCACCCGCACUACGAUGCUUAUUAAAUCCACGACGAGAACAACAAACGGAUAUCUUAACAAGUUUGGAUGGUUCAUCAUCAGCAUCAUCAUCAUCAUCGUCAUACCAAGCCACAUUGUCCUCGUCAUCAUUUAAUGUGGCUUUACCGAAUAGAGAAGAAAUUGAAACAGUUUUAGCCAAAGUUUUAUAUCGUCUAACAAAUAGCUUAAUGUCAUUGAAAGAUAAAAAUAUGCAGUUUGGCAUUAUUUUGUGUACGAAAUAUUUACUUACAUAUUUUUCAUUUGCUGAUUAUUCUUGUGCUUGGAACGAGUUUAACUUUAUGGAAAUCUUCGUCAAAUUAUCACAGUAUAAUUAUAACACAGCAGUCGACUUAACAUGUCAAAGUGAUUUGAUUGAUGUCAGCAGUAAAUUAAUAGUUGGUUCCUUAAUCUUUCAACCAGAUGUCCAUGCCAAUCGUGACACCAAUUUGAGCCUACUUAAACAUACCAUAAAAAUUAUAAACAUUUAUUAUCAUAUUUUCACAAAUCAAAAGCCUUUAAUUAUGGCCAAAAGCCAAAAGGUUGAUCUCUUUAGCAACGCCAAAGAAUUGGCCAUAACACAGAGUAUUGGCUAUUUUGGCAAUGAAUAUGUCUACAUAAAACUUUAUCAAACAUUAAAAAGUGCCUACGAUAACUAUAAGAUUACCAUUAAUGAGGAAGCUGGCAGCAAAUUAAUUUCCCUUUUAAAAACAUGUUUAAACUCAAUGAGUGCAUGCAUUGAAAUGUUGCCUCAUGAGGCGGCAGCCAUUGCUUACAAUGUUGGCGGCAGUGGUGGCGGUGGUGGUGGAAGUAAUAUUGCCAAAAGUGCAACGGAUGUAAAUGCUGUAUUGUUUCCAAAUGCAAUGCCAGCCGGAGGAGCAUCUAUGGCAGCAGCAACAACAAUAACAUCUACAACAGCAGCAGCAUCAGCAGCUUCGGCUACUGUUUGCAAUUCGGUAUUGAAAUUAAUUGAAGAAACUCUUCAGUACUUGACCAAAGUCAUAAAUUAUGCACCAGAAGAGAGCAUUGCAUGUCUGCGACAACUGUUGAAAUAUUUGUUUGCUAGAAAUUAUGGCAACAGGCAACUACAGCAAUACAAGCAAGGCCAUUAUCCCACGACAACAACUACAACAAAAACAAGGACAACAUUUGUAAAAACCUAUUUUAAGGCCAAAUGCAAAGAGCUGCAUUGCAUUAGCAAAGAUGAUGGUUGCACAAUAACUACAACAGGCCACAAACACCGACGACAACAACAAACAAAUCAACCACCAUCACCAGCAUCAACAUCAACAUCAUCUCCUUCAAUGUUUGCAAAUGUUUCCCAACAACAACAAUCUACAACAAUUAUACCACCAGUGCAAUUAUCAACGAAGGAAGCUUCCGUUUUGCAUGAUUAUGAUUCUUUGUCUGUUAAUAGUUCUGGCCGGAGAGACGCUGGUUGUGUUGUUGGCUCGCAAGAUGAUUAUCUAUUGUUGGCUGAACUAUUUGCAAGUGGUUUAGAAUUUAACACUUGGAAAUCAGAGCAUGAGCUAGAGUUAUCCAAACAUAUAAAACUCUUUGAGCCAUUGGUCAUAUAUUGUUUAACUCUUUUCCUUAAAUGUAAUGGCAGAGUCCAGUCCAAAAUUUUAGAUCUUCUGGUACUUUUAUUGGAGUUAAAUAUUACCUAUAGCAUAUUGGAUUCGAAAAAUGUGAUAUUUGACAAUAUUAUUAAGAGCUUGGAUAUAAUUGAAAGUGGCAUAGCUCGUAAUGGCCUCGUUAUGAUUACACCCAUCAUUAAGUUCCUCAUUAAAUUAUCCUCGAAAAGCGAACGGAAUUUAAUAACAAUACCAAAAAUAAUUAGUAUUAUUAAUAAUUUAUUAGCAAACUAUAAUAUCAGAGAUGUGGCAGUACAAGCUUUAAAAACUUUAUCUUAUGAAAUGUUUUUAAUGACACAACAGCAACAACAACCCACUACAACUUCCAAAGAUACACAAUUGUCACCCAUAAUAGCAACAGCAACAACAGUAACUGUAGCUGCAGCUGCACAAAAAAGUGACCCAAAUUCAUUGGCCGCUAUUACAGAAAAUCUUUUAACACUCAACAACGAACUUGACACACAAAAAGAAGUCAUUCUGGGAAUGUUGGAGAAAUUCAUUGAAUCCAAUGAUUGCCAACAAGUGCUCAGUUUGCUAUUGCUAAUUGAGCAAUUGCAACAACAAUAUGAACAAUAUGAAAUGUUAAAUGAUGCCAAUAAAACAACAGCAACAAUUAUGGUUGAUAAUACACUUGCAACGAGUGGUGGUGGUGAUGGUGGUGGUGGUGGUGCUGUUGGUUGUAGAAGUUAUGUCGAAGACAAACAACAGCAGCAACCUCAUACAACAUGUUUGCCAAAUCUUGAUACCGUUUGUAAUAUGAUAUGUCAUUCAAUAUGUUCAAAUCGUUUGUAUAUCCAAGAUUGGAAUGAUUUCUAUAUGUUGGAAACAUUUUUUAAAAAUAAUACCAAAUAUUUAUUGGGCAAUAGCAAGGAGUUUAUGUCAUUGCUUAAAUAUAUUAUCGAAGGGGAUGUUGCAAACUUUAGUGAUUUAUCGUAUGCAACGAUUAUCCUGUCGAAUGUAAUCCUCAAAACCGAGGAAAUUUAUUUAGUAAAUCACAUAAAGCUCUAUUUGAAAAAUCACCCAACAAUAGUGGAAAAGUUAAGGCAAAAGCAACAGAAAAAGCAAACCCACGAAAAUCCUGCUGAUGCAUUGUCGUCGUCGUCACACUCUUGGCUAUUGGAUAGCAAACCAACAACAUCUAAAGCGGCUGCACUGACUGCAGCAGCGUUACAAACACUAGCAAACAAUUCAAGCUCUAUAAACGAAAUUAACUAUUUUGCUACAGUUUUAUGCGAUGUUCUGCUUGACUGUCUCCACACCAUACUCUCUGACCAUCAACAUUCAACGCGUAGCAAGCUGGAGCAGCAGCACCAGCACGAUACGAAUUCUACCUCCACCUCCAUCUCCAACUCAUACAGCCAACAGUUUGCCAUACAGUACUGUCGUCUAGUAUGUCAUUUUGUUAAAGUUUUGUAUCAACUAUGUUUCAACUCACGUCUAGAGGAUUCUUUACUCGCCUCAAUACGUUUCACUUUACAUGCUUGCGAAUCAAAAUUGUUAAAUGAAUACUAUAAUUUGUUGAUGAUGUACUCAACGCAAGGUUGCCCAACAGCCACAGCAACAACGACUUCAACAACUUUAACUUCCACAGCAACCACUUCUAUGACAACUUUGCCCGAAUUGGAUGUGGAUAAUUCGUUAUUACAAUUGCAACUGGAAUUGUAUAAUUUAUUAAAUGAUCUCGGUAUAUUGGAUACGUUGGCAUUGUUGCAGCGUUUACAAUUGGAUGACAUAAGUAAUCAUGUAAGGCGGGCACUUUUGCAUAAAGUUUGCCAUCAGAGCAAUCCAAAUCCUAUUAAAUGGAAUCAGCAACAAGUGCAGCAUUUAUUCAACGGACAUUUUCUAAAUAUUUUAAUUAUUGAAGAAUUUGCAUUCAUGUGCUAUUUAUGUGAAGUGGAUGAAGAAAAUUGCUCAUUAUUUCAGACAAUGGUUUUGAAAAAUAUCAAAGUGUUCAAUAAGCAUUCAAUUGUUUACCUAUUACGUUUAGUGGAAUAUCUUAGCAAGGAGCGCCACGACUGUACGAGUUUAUGUUUUGCAAGAUUUUUACAAAUUUUAAAUAAAUUACAUCAACUAUUGGCAACCGAAGCAACAACGUUAGCCUCCUCAUCAUCCAAUAGGCCACUUCAAUUACAAAUCGAGCGCUUAGCUAGACAUUUAAUCGUUGAUGCUUCUUCAGUGCAUGAUAAAAAUGCCAUUUACGAUACAUUUAUAUGUUUAACGGAAGCGGAUGGAGUCGAAGAAAAACAACAUAACACAGACGUUCCAGGAAUAUCGACAGCAGCAUCGUCGUCUUCGUCGUCAACAUCAUCAUCAUCAUACUUAAGCGAACAACUACAAUUUAUAAUUUUAAAUGAUUUGGAAAAUACUUGUGAAAUUCGAGACGAUGAUAUUAAUGAUCCUUUGGGAAGUGUUUCUAAUAUUGUAGACGAGAAAUGGAUAUUUAAUCAGUUAAUUAAAUUCUCUGCACAAAACAACUAUGAUCCACAACAAAUAGUGAAAAUCCUUCUAGAGAUACAAUCGGAAAAUAAGCUACAAAAGAUAUUCAAUAAUGGCAAUUUUGAUGCAACGCGUAUACUAAGGCAUUCAAUUGCCAGCUCACUACAGGCAAUGUUGCAAACAUUUCGCAACAAUUGUAUACAAUAUAAUCCACAUAUACACUACAUGCAACCGAAUCCAUUAGCGCGUGUUGCACUAACACAGCUUAUGACACGUAUUGUUGAAAUGAUGCGACGACAGCAGCAGGCGUUUCAAACUGGAGUUGGAGGUGAAGGUGGUGAUGGUGAUGGAGGUGUUGGUACUGGUGAUGAUGGCAUACAAAGGCAACAGCAACAAACUAACUAUAAUAGUACAGACAAUAAUAAUAAACAACAAGCAACAGUUGUUAAAGGCACCACUAGUAGUUGUAGUAGCAGCAGCAAUCCUUGCUAUGCUGCUGAUAGAAAUAAUACAAUUGGUGAUGUUGACAGUGGCACUGGUAUUGGUAUUGGUAAUGUUAUUGGUGCUGCAAAUAAUGAUGGCAUUCUUUUACCCAUUACGACCAGCGACACCAUCAAUACCACCAUACAUUUGUGUGAAGCUGUAAUCGCAUUAAUGGAAAACAUUAAACAAAUUGAGGUGACAGCACUAAUUUACAUCGAAUCGAAAUUCAUUGAUAAAUUCUUAAGUGAACACUUGUUGCGACCGGAACAUGUAAUAACACUAGUGCGAUUCAUGGGCUGCUGUUGUCAAUCUAUUAACACAAUACUGAAUAGGCCUUCGCCCGUGUCACUAACCCAUGAAGAAAGGAAUUGUAUAACCGUGUCUCUACAAUGCAUUGAUAUAUUGCUACAUCAAAAAUUCAUUUGGUAUGCACUCAACCAACAGCAACAACAACAGCAACAUCAGCAAACAUUCGGUAAAACCAUGCCAACAUCAAGUGGCAGUGGGGUGGUUAGUGGUGCUGGUACUGCUGCCAGUGUUUCAGAUUCAAUUGAUUCAUGUUUGCCACUGACAAAGUGUGAACUAAAUAAAAUUAUUUGUUUGCUCCUUGAUGUUGUUGUUUUGUCGGGCUCUUUGUUAUUGGAAAAUACUAUAUUCUAUAGGAAAUAUAAAAAUGCUUUGAGGUCUUCAACAACGAAAUGUUCAAAUAAACAACAGCAGCACCAACAACAAGACCACCAACAUGAACAGCAACAGCAACGAAAUGAAGAAAAAAGUUUCGAAAAUGAAGCUUGGCUAACGGCAGAAUACAAUCCAAAAGUUAUAUUUCUUGGAAAAUUAAUUGAAACUAAAAUUGGCAACAACGAUAAAGGCAUUUAUUUUGGUGGUGAACAAUACACAGCUUCCUUUGGUGGUGGUACUGGUUCGACAACGUCCUCAUGCCUGUCUGCUUUGGCGUUAUCAAACAUUGAUGUUUUAGACCUCAAAGGCAUAAAUAACCAGUUUGAUUUUAUAUCAUUGCAUUCUUUGUUAUCAAUUUCAAUUUCAUCUCUGAGAUUUAAUCUGUUCUAUGCUUUGGCUGUAACACCAUAUGAAAUUAUACAACAGCAACAACGUUUAUUGGCCUGCCAGAGCACAACUACAUCACCAACAACAUCUCCAGCACAUAAAAGUCAAUCAGGCACAUCAGCUGGAGCAUCCACAUCAACGGCAGCAAUGUCGUCAGCAACUACCAACAGCAAUUCAAUGUUGCCAAUUAUACCCAUUGAGAGCCUUAGUGAUGUCGAUAUUUUAAAGAGUUUUGUUAAAAGAUUGUCAAUUUUUGGUUUUACAACACGUCAACAAUUUGAAGAAUAUUUUAUGACAUUUUUACUUCUAAUCAAUAAAGUUUAUGACGAAAACAUGGUGGACCAGCAAGAACAAUUUCAAAUACGUAGUAUUUGUUUGGAAGCUAUUAUGGAACUUUUAAUUACGUACAAAACUUUUCCAAUUGUGGGCAAUAAACUUUCACUGUAUCAUCAUACAACUCGUUGGAAUCGUAUUAAUUGUGAUACCAUAAGCCUCAAAAAACUUCACGAAAUUCAACUUAUUAUUUCACCAUCAAAUGUCUUCUAUCACAGCAAUUUGGAGCGCAAUCUUGUCUGUGAUUCAGUAAUUGGUACUCAAUAUUUUGCAGCAAAUCAAUUUGAUUUGAAUUUCAUUUGGCAACAAAUGGAAAAUGCAUCAUCAUCCUCAUUGUCGUCACAAAAUUCGUCGUCCAUGGAUGAAAGCGAUUCAUUGUCGUUGGCGGGCGGUGAGGAAAGUUCAACAAAAACUUUAUCGUCAACGAAACAUUUGUGCGGCGUCGCUGCAAAUACAUCGUAUAGGAAUUAUCAAUAUUUUACGAAACAAUCUGGUGUCGAUUAUAAAAGUAGUUCACAACUAAUAUUUGAUGUUCUUAUGCAAAUGAUUGAGCAAAACCACAUUUUAAUACUACCAAAUUUAGUGAAAUUCACUGAAAUUUGUGAGAAUCGUGAACAGAUUAAACAAAUCUGGGAAAAGGCUGACUAUUUAAAGUCUCACAUACCCAUGGACGAUACGAUCUCUCAUCAACAUUUAAUAUAUUUGCUGUGCAAGACCAAAGGCAUGUUAAUACCCUCCCAUUUGGAAAUGUUGAAUCUGGAAGCUUUAAUUAAAAAUUACUUAAAGUCAUCACAUCUUUUUAUAAGAUGUGCUGCCCUCAAUGGGCUGUUAAGUCUAUUGGAAAGUUAUGCAAAGACCAGUACAACAAUUGGCAAAUUAAGUGAUGAGUUGGUGAGAUUGAAGGAUAUUGUUUUGGCAUACAUCGAUAAGCAUGGUUUAAUUGAAGAAAGCCCAUUACUAUGUAGUGAUGUACAUACGAAAUUAAUAUGGACUUUAAAUUAUUGUUUAAUGGAAUGGACUUCAAAACUAGAUCCACAAUGCAAUUUGGCUUAUCAUACUAAAUUGAGUGUAACGAAAUUAUUGAAAAACUCCAGCAAUGAACAAGUCUACCUCUGUUGUUUGCAUGGUUUGGAACGUAUGAUUGUCCUUGAUAAUAAAGUUAGCAGCAGCAGUAGUAGCACCGGUAGUGGUGUCACCAGCAACCAUGGUGCAGACAAUCAAAACCAAAUGUUGCGGCCCUGUAUUGAAAAACUUGCUCUUGAAUUGGCCAAAUUGGAAAAUGAAAAAUUUUCAAUUCCCGCUUUGAAAUUACUAUUGUCCUGCAUUUAUGUGGGCUCUACAAAACAAUUGGAAAAUACGGAAUUAAGUAAUGGGAUUGUACAAGACGACCCCGAGAUAAUCGCCCAACAAACUGAUAAAGUUGAUAUUCUGCUGCAAUGCAUUAAAACCGCAACCGAAGAAGCGGCUUGGAUUUAUGGGCAAGUGCUGUGCCAAAUGAUACGUGAUUUAGUGCCACCCAAAGAAAUAUUGACGAAGGUCAUAAAGGAGUUUUUAGCAAUAAAUCAACCACAUAGCGAUGUUAUUGCCAUGAUUGUAUUUCAGGUUUUCCGUUCGGCCAUUGAUUCUUCAUUUUUACAACAAUUACAAGAUUGGCUCACCUGUUCAUUGCCCACGUUCCUAGCGUUGCCCGAACAGAAAGCAGUCUGGAGUCUGAGUGUUGUAUUUCUUUCGGCUUCUAUAAAUCUUCAUUUAAUGAAACUAUUUCCUUUGCUGUUGAGUGGCAUACCAACACCAACCUCUGUAACAGUAACAGUUGCAGCAGCAGCAUCAACUAGUAAAACACCAGCAACAUCACCAUCUUUAGCAGCAACAGCAAAUACAAGAAUGAAUUGCGAAAAAUUGGGUCAUCACGAAAUUGCAUUGUUCGUGACAUCUGCUCAGGAUUUCUAUGCGAAAUUGGGCAAUGAACAAAAAGUACGUUUUCGCGAGGCCUUCAAGGAAUUUCAUCAUAUUAAAGUCUACAACAAGAUGUUACAAAGUCUAUAACAACACUAACAACAAACAACACCAUCUUCAUCAUCACCACCACCAACAUUAGCAACAACACCAUCCCAAAACUCAACAUAAUGAAAAAUUAUAAUGCAUGGGUAUACUUAGUCGAUAUUUAUGUAAGUUGUACUUAUGUGCAUUAGGAGGGCCUCAACUAAAAUUUAAAUUAGUUUUCUUUCGAAAAGAAAACACUUGAAUUUAAAUUUCAAAUUCGAAUAUUUUCACUUUAGAAUUGUGUUACCGAAUAACAUCCCAGGAUUAAAGAACAAAAAUAUCCUUAUUGUUUCGUAGUACCUUUGUGACAAUUUUAGUACUUUACUGUUACAUAAAAAAAACUUUUAAAAAAUACUGUCCGUAACGUAUGGUAAAAGGAAUUAAUUUGUAAACUUUUUCAACACUGAUGUUUUCUUUACUAUUUUUAUAAAGAUUUAAGACAAUUGUACUUUUUACUUCUUCUGAUUUAUGUACCUCUUUAACGAGUUUUUUUAUUAUAUUUUAAUAUUUGGAUACAUAACGUGCUAAAUAAUCAUCAGAUUCAAAAUUGUAGUAGAUGGUAAGAAACAUUUUUUUUAAUUUGGACAAAAAUUAAAAUUGAAUCAACUUGCUUUGAUUCCUCAUUGCAUAUAAAUACAGCCACAAUUAGGAUUCAUAAUUACUCGGAAUUUGUUCAUUCCCGGGAAAUAAUAAAACGCGGGCUUAAUCCGCACACAAUUAAAUUCUAUUUUAUACAAAACUCUCAUCAUAUCACUCUCUCUCUCAGUUAGAGUGGUCAUGAUUUUCUUAUAUUUUACCAUGGGAAAGAACUAGAGGAGUGGUGUAACUGAGAAUAAGCUGAUAGUAAAAUAAUUACACUCUCCCUAUUUUUAUGGCUGACACAACAAUAAAAUACAUUGGUUUACAUGUAUUUUUACAAACAGAAAGUUUACUUGAAGCAAGUCUUUUCGAUUCUCAAUUUUGUAUGUUAAGACCUAAUAGACGCCAUAGUGAAAAUGAGAAAACAAAAGAGAAUUGAAGAGACUUGCCAGUACAAGUCUCUUCUUCUUUCUUCUUGCCUCUCUCUCCUAUCCAGACUUGCGGCAAGAAAACUUGCCAUGUGUAAAAGCAGAUUUAGGAUUUCGACAACAGGUUUAGAUUUAGGUUUUUUGUCAAUCAGUAACGCUUCUAUGUAUAUUUUAUUCUUCAUUUAGUUAGCAUUUUCUCCGCAAACUUGUAUGUUCUACUCUUAUAAAGACAAAUUUCCAUUCGUAAUUCAGCUCUGGGUAGAGGAUUAACUCGCGCAUCAUUGCCAUUAUCGCUUAAGGGCAAUCAGGCCGUCAGAUUUUCGCUGCCUUUGAUUCACUGGUUGAUGGUUGGCGUCGUCUAACUGUACCGCGUUACGGUUUCUCGAAAUUUUUCACAUUAUUCGUUUUGGUUAUAAUUUAACCUAAAAUUUGUCGUGGUGGAGUACCAAACAAAACUCAAGUUGGGUUUUGAUGCAGACCAUAAAUCUCAGGAGUUGAGUUAGAGAAUUCAGGCUUGCUAUAGGAAGUAGGUCGAUGUGGCAGUUCUUGGACGAGACUCUUAUUAGGCGUAAGCCGUAAUUGAAUUUUAAUUAAAUGAAUCAAAUCAAGAAAAAAAUUUCCCUAUAAAUGUGAAUUGGUAAAAAAUUUUCCCUGGAAUUUCCAGGAAAAUUUCUUUGUAUUGAAAAUUGUUGCAUAAUACAAAUAAUUCACUAUUUUUAAUAUCAAAUAAGUCUACCUACGGUCUUUAGAUUCGAUACGACUUUUUACAUUUUCAAAUGUCUGUCCUGGCCUGUUCGCUACCGUUUAUAAUUUAGGAGUUUAAUAAUGAUAAUAAGUUCAACUAGAUGUUUGAUAAUGUUUUUAACGCCCGAAAAUAUUGGCCCAACACUCACCUUAAAGUAUACCGUUCGACUCAGAAUCACAUUCUGACACAAUUUAACGGUGUCAAUCAGUCAGUCUAUAUUUCCUUGUAAUCAAACAAAAGUUCACAGUUUCGAAGAUAACACAAAGAAAUUUGACAAGUUAUCUUCUAUUGCCCCAAGAACGAACUUUAAAUAGUUGAUAGCUUAUACAAGGACUAAGUUUCGUUAUUAACGCUCUCUUCAUAAGGUGUAGGUUAUAUCCAGGACUUGACCAUAUCAUGAACAUAUUGUCCUAGUUUUAAUCUGUUUAUUUUGAAUUUUUUUUUCUUCUUAAAAACGGGGCCCUCCUAAUGUGCAUAAGUAGUAUGUCUAUAUGUCAGAGUUUGUGAAAAUAUUACACAUACAUAAGUAUUCGAGCAAAAGUGUGUGUGUGUAGACGGUAAAAUGUCGAGCUCGACACAAUGGUUUUGUUGUUUUUCAUUUUUUCACUUUUUGUAGUUGUAGGAAAUGAAAGAAAAGUGCAGUGCAUGUCUUUAAAAUGUAGUAGUCUUAAGGCAAAAUUGAAAUUUAUAUUAAUUUCACUUGAAUUUUAUGUUUUAUUUUAUAAUUUUUCCAUUUUGGCUGUCGUACAGAUUUUAUCUGCUACCAAACCUACUACCUACCAUCCAUCCCCACCUAUCUAACAAAAGAAAAACAACAAAAAAAGUUUUAAGAAUUAUUAUAUUUUUUCGUUAUACAUACAUAUUAAUCCCGUAUUUAAUUGCAAAAUCUGAGAAAGCAGUUUUUAGUUUUUGUCGCUUCUCCUUUUGAUAUUUUUUUUGUUUUAUUUUGUUAUUGCAAAGAUUGUUUCAAGACCAAUAUGAAAUCCUUUUUGAGAAAAAAAACUUUGUUUCCUCUGUUUGCAGUUUUUUCUGAUGUGAUUUUGUUUUUUUAUUUUUACUUUAAAAGUAAAGCGUGAAUAACUAAUUGCCACAAAGAUACCAAUCUUUUCUAAACGUUUGCUAUUUUUUGUAUUUUAAGUUAUAGUUUGGUGAUGCCAGAAAAAGAAGAUAGAUUUUUUUGUAUACAUACCACAAACAAUGACAAAACAUGCAUGGACGUUUGCUAACCAUAUUUGAUUUGCAAAUUUAGAUCUAUUUCAUCAUGAAUCAGGCAUUUUUUUACAUUUUCACCGGUAAUCAAACAUUACCUCGACAACAAUUUUAAAAUAUGGACAAGUAAAUUACUAACACCUAUUUCGGAAUAUUAUUACUCAUUAUUUAAUUGUAUUAUUAAUCUCCCCAGCUUUUAAGCUUUUAAUGUUAUCUAAUUAAACUUAUAUAUUAUUCACAACUUAUUUGAAAAUACAUUAUUAAAUUAUACUAUAUACUAUACAACAAUAUAAAUAUAAAAACAAUGUUACAAUUAAAAUAAUUUGGCUUAAAUUUCUUGUUAAAAUUUGGUUUUGCUGUUAAAAUAAAUAUUUUUUUUAAUUAUAAAUCAACGCCUCUGAAAAUAUGAAAAUUUCCUACGCUAUAUUAUUUAUUUAAUUUUUAUUAUUAGUUCAGUUUUUUUUUUACUUUUAUUAAAGCUUUUAAAAUUAUCCAAUAAAAAUAUUUAAAUAAAUAAAAUUUAUAAAAUUUAGACAUAAAAUACAA